GGAGGACAGUGACCGCGGCGGUGCAGCGAGCCAUGAACUCCCAGGAUCUCCCUGCCAAAGAUGCCCCACUUACUGUCAAUGAGCAGGUAACACUCACCUGUCUUGGGUAAAGCACAGUGAAGGGGGCCCUUCUCUUUCCCACUUUAUAACCUCAUUCAAGCUUAACCUGAUAACUUUCAACUGUUGGACUCCAAGUUCUUUGCUCCUGUCACCCCUCAUGUGCCGACAUAUCAUGUCACACACUUUUUAUGUGUGUGUGUGUGUUUUAUCACCUUACAAUACCCGCCGCUCCACGCUUGUGAGGGUUACCGUUCUUUAAACUGCCGUGCUAAAUAAUUAAUUGUGGUUUUUCCUCUCUCUAGUAACAUUCUGUGUAGACAUAGUCAGCAAACAAAAGCAAUGCUCUUCACGGGAUGUGCGGAGAGCGGCGCUUGGAGGAGGCAUUGCUUGAGCUGCUUGUUGGCUGAUGCUCAUUGUUUUUGUUGAACUCAUGCUCUCUUCAUUUGUCUCUCUUUUUCUUUUUUGGUGUUGUUUUGUUUUGGGUCAUUGUGUCCUAACAUGUGCUCGGCUUCUCUGUUCUCCUUAGCCAUUCACUGUCUGACUGCAGAAGUCUUUUUUCAGCCAUUUAAAUCCUGCACUUUGAAAUUCCCUGCCAAAGACAACCAGGUCAUUGUGAUGUCUGGCCAUGAGACUAUUCGUGUGCUAGAGGUAGAGGUCGAUGCGUCUCUGCCGUCGUCAGUACCUGAUGGGAAGAGUGAGGGCAAAUCUGAGGAGGGAGUGGCUCAGCCUGCGGAGCAACCCGAAGUUGGCAGCACACAGGAUGGCCUCGCUUUGCCCCAGAGUGCCGGGGGAGUAGUGCUGGGCGAGCAGCAGGUGGUGUCUGUAGAGGCUCCGGCUCCUGCUGUCCAAACGCUGACUCCUGCUGUUCCUGUCAGCAUGUCCCUGCCACAGCCACAGGCCGCCAUGCCCAUCACUGUACAAGGCUGUCCACAGGUGCUGACCCAGGAAAGCUUGGCCACUCUGAUGACCGGUAUGAUGGCCCAGACAGGAUCCCUGGGUCAGCCCCUGCUCAUCCCUCUCAGUAUGGCGGGCUCCAUCGGUGGCCAGGGUGGUCUGGCUGUCCUCACCUUGCCUACCACCAGUGUAGCUACUCUUCCAGCGUUCGCAGCAGCUAACGCGGCUGGAAACCUCCUCAAACUGCCCUUCGCUGGCCUUCAAGCCGCGACAGUCCUGAGCUCGGUCCAGCCCCAACUGCACACAAAUGCACAGACAAUGUUCCAGCCUCAAGCAUCCAUACAGCCCAUGCAGGCCGCCGUCCAGCAGGUGACGUCUCAGCCCACACAGGUGACCAACACACAGGUCACCGCCGCUCAGAUGGCGGCAGCGCAGGCGACCCAGGCCACCACUACUGUCUCCCAGUCUAACUUAUCCUUAGCAGCUCUCCAGACUGCGGGACUCUCCAUCAAUCCUGCCAUUAUCAACGCCGCCUCCUUGGGAGCUCAGCCACAGUUUCUCAGUUCCCUCACCUCUACUCCCAUCAUUACCAGUGCCAUGUCCAACAUGGCUGGCAUCACCAGCCAGAUCAUCACAAAUGCCCAGGGACAGGUCAUAGGAACUCUCCCGCUGUUGGUGAACCCAGCCUCGCUGGCUGGAGGGGCUGCUACAUCCACUCUCCCCCUCCAGGGUCUCCAGGUCCAGACUGUCACCCCACAGCUGCUACUCAACACCCAGGGCCAGAUCAUUGCCACAGUAGGGAACGGACCUGCAGCGGUUGUAACUUCUGCUGCAGUUCUGCCCAAAGCCACCGCUCCUCCAACACUUACCAAACCUAACACACAGGCGUUGGUAACGACUGCCACACAGGCACCAGUUGUCAUCGCCCCGCAGCCGUCUGUACUGAAGACCGCCACCACGCUCUCCUCCACAGUACCCAUCACCUGUGGAGACAUAGCGAAAGUGGGCCAGCUUGUCGGCAAACCACAGCAGAUAGUCAGCAGCGAAGAAGGCAUUAAUCUGGAGGAAAUUCGCGAGUUUGCCAAGAAUUUCAAGAUCCGUCGGUUGUCCUUGGGGCUCACUCAGACACAAGUAGGGCAGGCCCUGACUGCAACUGAGGGUCCGGCCUACAGCCAGUCUGCCAUUUGCAGGUUCGAGAAGCUGGACAUCACCCCAAAGAGUGCUCAGAAGCUAAAGCCGGUGUUAGAGAAGUGGCUGGCUGAAGCCGAGCACUGGAACCAGAAAGGCCAACAGAACCUGAUGGAGUUUGUUGGCGGCGAACCGUCAAAGAAACGCAAGCGACGCACUAGUUUCACACCGCAGGCGAUAGAAGUUCUCAACUCCUACUUUGAGAAGAACGCGUUGCCAACAGGCCAAGAGAUUACAGAAAUCGCAAGAGAGCUAAACUAUGACCGAGAGGUCGUGCGAGUAUGGUUCUGCAACCGGCGACAGACUCUGAAAAACACAAGCAAAAUCAACGUCUUCCAGGUUCAGUAGCUCCCUCAUUCUCGGAGGGUUUGCCACCGAUCUUUUGUCGUUUUGGUAAGUUGAACAUUUAAUACAGCAGCACAGAUUCAGAUUGUGUUGUAAAUAAAAGAUUAACUCCAA